GCAUCAGCUGAGGGGAAAGUCGUUUGUUUAUUUAAUUAAUUUGAGUUAAAUCAAAAUAAAAUGGCCGUUUUAUAAUCGUAUAUGUGUGCUAAUUUAGCCUCAAGUGUUUGAUUGCAUGGCCAACACUUGUGACGGCAUGCGAUUAUUACGCGUUUAGGCCUACUGCAACAUUUGAGCGCAAAUGUUUGAAAAGUUAAAUGCUAGAGGGUUAUACCACCAACUGCACUUAACUAAUAGACUUUAUGGGUCAAUGUGUCGCGUUUAAGUGCCUGGGGUGUAUGCAUAGCUUAUAGAGAGCUGAUAUCACUUACAUUAAUGGUAUCAACACUUACCAAAUUGCUCUGCUGUUAGCGACAGCGGCGGGACACAGGUAGAGUAGAUAACGUCCCAAGAUUUUGGGAAAGGAUAACAAGUUUUCGAAAAAUGGAUUCCCAUAUACAAGGAUUUUGGAAAGAGAGCAUUUUAAAAGAGAACAUGCUUCGGCUCAAUUGGUUUCGAGAUAACUGGACCAAAUACCAUAACACACCCAAAAAGGUGAGUGCAAAGGCAAGAGCAACACUGCCACAGAUCGCCAAACCUCCUCACGAAGGCACUCCAAGCCUGCCGACCGUCAAGGACAGAGGGCAGGAAAAUAACAGCGAUCAGACGAUCCUGACGAUGUGGCCAGUAUCGGGAGAGACUCGAAACGUUCUCUAUGAUGGCUUUUCGAAAGAGCAGACUGGGCGCUAUAAAUACCUACUCAUGAGGAAAGCCAAAUCUCCAGAAGAAAAGUAUCCGUAUCCAUUAACCAGCAACUGCGAGUAUGGUUGGGGUUUAGGUGACACGACCAAGGCCUAUGUCCCAAUGUUUGCACUAAACGCCAUUGUGAGAGAUACCUUCUACCGCAAGAACGGCACCUUCCCACACUCCACUCUCUCUGACAAACUGGCAUAGAACCCGUUGGACCUACGGUGCUGAACUGACCCCCACGUGACCACCAUCCCCAAUGCCAGCACUGUUUUGACCUUAUAAUGCCUUAUUCCUCUGUAUUUCCAUGAGAGCAAUGUAAAGCUUGAUAUAUAUAAAAUAAAACUCUUCAAAAAAUGAGCUUUUUCUGUUUUGUGUCCAGUAUAUUGUAAAUACUCAUAAUGAAAUAUCACUAAAUGGCUGGAUUAGUAUCCAACUACAGUCCACUAGUCAGGCAUGGAGCUCACAGCCGGAUGAGGGGUAGACUUCAUGAGUAAAUGGUAAUUUCAGACAAUAUUGUGUAUUCUGUUCCAGGCCGCAGCUGUAGGCCUGCCCUGCUCACGCUGAGGGGGAAGGAUGGCCUGGACAAUGCCCCUAAAAGUAUACCCUACUCCUCAUUUGACAGGCACAAUCUGUCUCCUUCCAUUGCCAAUUUGUAGCUGGGAUAAUAAUGGCAAAUCAUUUGAUAAUAAGAUAAAACGGCUUGUCUUUCAUUUGACAUGACAUUUGAUCCAUUUAGCACCUUGUCUUCUCUCCCUGGGUGGACAUCCUCCAUGGAUGUCUAAGGUUAGGUUGGCAAAUGGAAUCUGUCGUUUUAAAUGUGAAACUGUAAACAUGUGUAAAAAAAAUGUAAACAGUGACUUAUGCACUCAGUGACCUAUGCACUUUGUAAAGCUCUCUCUUGGAAGUCGCUUUGGAUAAAAGCGUCUGCUAAAUGAAUAAAUGUAAAUGUAAAUAACAGCCUAUGAAGUAUGUUCCUCGCCAUGGUAGACACAUUAUGCUCUUUCACCAGAAGAGGGAACUCUCACCUCACAUUGAGAAGGGUGC